AUGGAUACGCCGUAUGAUCGGACCGACAUCCCCACGAUCGCAACGUGGGGAAGCGUGCCGAACUUCCUCCGACGCACCCACUUCCUCCCCCGCUACAACGUCCGUCGUGGUCGGAUAUUCCGUGAGGUUUGGGACAUUUCAACAAUUACCAUUGAUGGUUAUCAUCUCGAUUUCAAUCUCCCUGUCGCCAUUACCCCGCCAUUUUGUCUACAAGCAACAGCACAAAUGUCUAAAAUCGCCUCCACUUUCUCGCGCCUUGUGCGCUUCAAUCCCAAGUCUAACCCCUCGAAGAUCUUGAUCGGAGAGCCAGUCGACCCGAAAAUCGACGUGGGGUUGGCUCUGUAUCAAGGGCAGGAUGUCUCCGUGCGACCAUUCUCUGGGACAUCGGUGCUCAGCCCGGGCCAGAAAGUCGAGUCGACAGAAACGAUCGGGCGAAUCCUGUCUCCCUUGUCGCAAAAUGAAGUUGGCUCGAUUCGAUGCAUUGGACUGAACUACGCGUCGCAUGCCGCUGAGAUGAAGAUGGCCAUUCCCGACCUUCCAACGUUGUUCAUCAAACCGUCUACCUCCCUCGCCGAUCCCUGGCCUGCUCCCACUGUUCUCCCCAAGAUCACACAAGUCGAUAGCACGGGCGACUAUGAGUCAGAGAUGGUCAUCGUAAUUGGUCGCGACGCGAAGGAUGUUAGCGAGGAGGAGGCAUUGGACUAUGUCCUUGGCUACACGGCAGCCAACGAUGUCUCUAGUCGCACCUCGCAGAUGAAUCAGAGCCAGUGGUGCUUCUCCAAGGGAUUUGACACUGCCUGCCCAAUUGGCCCUGCUCUUGUAUCCGCCGCGCACUUUCCCGACGUCAGCCAGUUCCAGAUUCGCGGGCUGAAAAACGGCAAGGUUAUGCAGGAUUGUCCUCUAACGGACUUGAUCUUUAGCGUCCCCAAGCUGGUCAGUUUCUUGUCCCAAGGAACGACCUUGUCUGCGGGAACGAUCAUCUUGACUGGUACUCCUCCUGGCGUCGGAGCGGCGAAGAACCCCAAGGAGUUCUUGAAGGCGGGCGAUGAAUUUGCCGUCGAGUUGCUUCCGCACGUUGGAACGCUUAUUAACAAGACUGAAAAUCAAUUAUGA